AUGAAAGUAAAAAACAAGCUUGAAAGUCGCAAAAGGGUCCUCAACACGUUUGAGCCAAUCAAUGUUAAUGCCUAUAAUGUGUUCUACGCUAUUGUGGUACCGUACGUCAAGAACAAAUGGGCGGGUGUCUUUCAAAGGGUGUCUCCAAGGAUAACGUCGCAGACACUGAAGUUGCGUGGCACACCAUCAAUUCCCACUUCAGUGUCGGAACGGUCCAGUCGGCGACCGAGCAAUAAUACAGUGGACUUUCAGGAAUUUAAGGAUAGGGAGAAGAAUGUGGUGGAGACGAUGCUCGAGAGCAACAAAGGUUUGCGAAUGGCAGAAAUUAGUUUUGAUGAUCUGAAAUUGCAGAAAAUUAUUGGUGCGGGGGCUUUUGGGGAAGUCAUUAAAGGCACGUACUGCGGUACGCCCGUUGUAGUCAAGCGCAUGUUGCGUAACAAGAUUACAGAAGACAAUUUGCGCAUGUUUGGUGACGAACUUCAGCUCAUGAUGAAUCUGCGGCACCCGAAUAUUGUUCAGUUUAUAGGCGCUAGUUGGAAUUCGUACUCUAACAUUUGCUUUGUGACGGAGCUUUUGGAACGUGGAGACUUGUUCGCUGUAUUGCGCAACCCAGAGAACGAACUGAGCUGGGCAAAACCUAUUUUGCGUAUCACAAUUGACACCUCACGCGGUAUGGCCUACCUGCACAGUAUGAAACCUCCUAUUAUUCAUCGUGAUUUGAAAAGCAUGAACAUCCUUGUGAGCUCGACGUGGGGUGCCAAGGUGAGCGACUUUGGCCUUAGCCGUGAAAAAUCUGUAGACGAGACAAUGAGCGUGACGGGCACGCCACUAUGGCUGCCACCCGAAAUGAUCCGAGGAGAACGUUACACGGAGAAGGCUGAUGUCUACAGUUUUGGCAUCGUGCUAGCAGAGCUGGAUACUAGAAAAAUUCCGUACCACGACAUCAAAGCAAAGGGGGCCCGAAAUAAAAAAGUGUCUGGCAGUACGCUCAUGCAUAUGGUGGCUUACGAAAACUUGCGUCCGUCGCUGAGCAAGACCUGCAUGAAAAGCGUACACGACUUGUUUAUGCGCUGUACGUCUGACGACCAGUCCGUGCGUCCAACUUUUGAGGAAAUCGUACAAUUUCUUGAAAACGACGUGCGAAAAGAGACACUCGUUAGUGCGAAUAAAGAAAGGAGUAUCUGCGAAGAGGAACAAAACGGAUCAGACGUAUCACCUGAAGAACUAGGUGUCCAUCAUGCCACACGAUACGUGGACUAA